UCACGUCGUGCUGUCUCGUCCAUUCAUCGCCAAAAGACACCGAGUUCAGCCGAUGCUUGAUUGGUACUACUAGUGCUACAGAUGGAUUUGCAGGUUGUGCUCAGACAAAAUCCCUCUCCUCUACGUAGUACUAUAUACUGAACAGUGAGGUUUGAUCAUAAAAACAUCGGAUUGAAGACUUGAGAAGUGGCAUGGAUCAACUGAUGGGAACUUUCAACUUUGACAGGAAUGAAAACUUUGAAGCCUACUUGGGAACCAUGGGCGUACCCUACUUGGCCAAGAAAAUGAUGAGCAAAACCACACCUACCAUUGCCAUUCGGCGGGAGAUUGACGAGUGGAUCAUUGAGAUUAAGACAAUGGUCAUGAAUCAGACCAUCAAAUUCAAAUUGGAUCAACCUUUCGAGGAUAGCUUUCCCAUGGGCGGGGGAUCAUUCCAAACCACACCGAAAGCCACAGGAGAAGCUGAAAUUACCCUCUUCGCCUCAACCCAAAAGGGAGACGUGGAACGAACAUUCAGGAUACUAGAAGACGAAUUAGUAAUGCAUUGGAAAAAUCGAACAAAGUCCGUGGAAUGCAAACGAUAUUUCAAGAGAUCUCAUAAGUGAUAACAAGCGAAGUUCAUAAUAGCGUAGACACCGUUUAUUUGAUCUUUUUUGGUCAUAACCUAAAUCAGUGAAGAACCUUUUCCAGCCAUGACAAAGUUGUGCUCAACAGAUAUUUACACUAUUAGAAUAGAUUUGAUUACAAAGAUAUUGUUAAUCCUUACUUCUCACGGUUACUUGUAUCACAGACUAGUUGGUCUUUGAAGAAAAGGCCAACAAAUUUGCUCGACAUAUCAAUAUUCUUGAAUUUGACACAAAGCAAAUGAACUCC